AUGAAGAUACUGGCUCUGGGAUUUUGCACACUGGCUCUGCUGAUAUUAGCACAGACUUCUGUUGCUGUCACAACACCUGGAGCAACGACUACAUCUACUUCUCCAAACACCACUACAACUGCGACACCAACCACUACAACAAGUGAUGCAGCAACCACGACUACAACAAGUGAUGCAGCAACCACGACGACAACUGCGGCACCAAACACUACAACAACUGCUGCCCCAAACACCACUACAACUGUGACACCAAACACUACAACAAGUGAUGCAGCAACCACAACGACAACUGCAACACCAACCACUACAACAAGUGAUGCAGCAACCACCACUACAACUGCGACACCAAACACUACAACAAGUGAUGCAGCAACCACGACGACAACUGCGACACCAAACACUACAACAAGUGAUGCAGCAACCACGACGACAACUGCGCCACCAAACACUACAACAACUGCUGCCCCAACCACCACUACAACUGUGACACCAAACACUACAACAACUGAUGCAGCAACCACCACCACAACUGUGACACCAAACACUACAACAACUGAUGCAGCAACCACGACGACAACUGCGACACCAAACACUACAACAACUGCUGCCCCAACCACCACUACAACUGCGGCACCAAACACUACAACAACUGAUGCAGCAACCACCACGACAACUGCGGCACCAAACACUACAACAACUGCUGCCCCAACCACCACUACAACUGUGACACCAAACACUACAACAACUGCUGCCCCAACCACCACUACAACUGUGACACCAAACACUACAACAAGUGAUGCAGCAACUACCACGACAACUGCGACAUCAAACACUACAACAAGUGAUGCAGCAACCACGACGACAACUGCAGCACCAAACACUACAACAACUGCUGCCCCAAUCACCACUACAACUGUGACACCAAACACUACAACAACUGAUGCAGCAACCACCACGACAACUGCGACACCAAACACUACAACAACUGCUGCCCCAACCACCACUACAACUGUGACACCAAACACUACAACAACUGAUGCAGCAACUACCACGACAACUGUGACACCAAACACUACAAGUGAUGCAGCAACCACGACGACAACUGCGGCACCAAACACUACAACAACUGCUUCCCCAACCACCACUACAACUGUGACACCAAACACUACAACAACUGAUGCAGCAACCACCACUACAACUGUGACACCAAACACUACAACAACUGAUGCAGCAACCACCACGACAACUGCGGCACCAAACACUACAACAACUGCUGCCCCAACCACCACUACAACUGUGACACCAAACACUACAACAACUGAUGCAGCAACUACCACGACAACUGUGACACCAAACACUACAAGUGAUGCAGCAACCACGACGACAACUGCGGCACCAAACACUACAACAACUGCUUCCCCAACCACCACUACAACUGUGACACCAAACACUACAACGACUGAUGUAGCAACUACGACGACAACUGCGACACCAAACACUACAACAACUACUGCAGCAACCACGACGACAACUGUGAAACCGACCACAGCGACAACUGUUGCGCCAACCACUACAGCUGCGACACCAAUCACUAUAACAACUGCUGCACCAACAACCACUACAACUGCAACACCAACCACUACAACAACUCUUUCCCCAACCACCACUACAACUGUGACACCAACCACUACAAGAACAACGUCAAUCACUGAAGCCACCACAACGCCAAAUGGAGGCUCAAGAGUCAAAGCUUCUCUGCUGUUUUCUUUAGUGCCACUGUUGCUCUACAAGCUUUAUUCCUGAGCAGUAAAUAGCAAAACUCACUUUAAAAAAAAGUCUGUGUUCUUCUGUGAGUUCUUGAGUCGAAUGAAUGCAGUUGUGCUCCGCUGAGGGGACUGAUGGAGUAGGAUAAGUAUUGAACUUUUUAAGUGUGUUAAACAUUUGCUGGUUGUUCUUCAGUAAUGUAUUGAUAAACUUAAGGUAUUUGUUAAAUCGUCACGUUAAAAGAAACAUGGUAUGUAAUGGAUCUGAACUCUGUGUGGUAUCAGGAAUAAUUGAAAGAGUAGGAGAGAUUUAAGUUAGCCAGAGUUAGCUAAGAUUAACAUAUACAUUUUUGAACUUUGAUUGUUAUACUAUUUCUAUAAACAUUAUAUAUUUGGACAUAUAACAUUAACGAAAAAGAGAAAUGAUAUUCUAAAAUAAUUCAAUAUUAAAUUACUAAAAGAAAGGGUGCCAUUAUUUUCUGUUU